GGAUGUUCCUACAAAAGUGGAGGAGAAAAAAAAAGUGUCCAACACUCCUUACAAAACGGACUGUGAGGCACAGCUGUUGACUACAGAUGCAGAAGAUUUUCCUCUGAUGCUCAUUGAAGAGUUUCUUAUCUGAACCACAGCGCCAACUUCCACAACGAGACUAGGUUUAUUUAAGCAAAUAAAAGAAGAUGCCAAGGGUAUUUUAAACGGCUUACUUUUGAAUUGCAGAUGUUGUGUCUAUGUAAGGAAAAGGGGUUUCUUGUAUGCUUACAGUCGUAACUGGAAAAGUGAAGAAAGGAAAAGGGGCUUCUGGUGGAGGGACGAGAAGGGUUGCCGUGAAGGACCAUGGGGAGUUUCAAGGGCCAUAUUCUGCCUGGCAGCUUCUUCCUUAUUGCAGGCUUGUGGUGGUCAGGGAAGUUCUCUCUCUGGUACGCCACCCGCAGGAACAAGAGCGCCGGUGCAGGACGUCUAGCCACCCGAGCAAUGCAGCGCCGCAUGGAGAUCCUAGAGGGCGCUGUGGUGCUCGCAUUUUCUGUGAUAGGUAUCCUGGCGGAGCAGUUUGUGUCGAAUGGGCCGCGCUUCCACCUGUACGACCGCGCGGAGCAGCAGUGGGAGCAGCUGAUGAUCUGGCAGCACUCCACCAUGUACCUGUUCUUCGCCCUGUCAGGCGCCACCACGCUCACCGUCCAUAUGACCGACGUCGCGCCGCUCGCCCUGGACAGACUCAUCCUCAGCAUCGCCUUCUUCAAUGAAGGCUUCCUGUUCCUGCAUCACCUGCACGGCCGGGAGAUGCUGGACGUGCACUUGCACCAGCUGCUGCUGUACGCCAUCUUCGCGGGCGCGCUCACCGCCCUCCUGGAGGUGUUCCACCGCGGGAACGUGCUCCUGGAGCUGCUGCGCGCUACCAUGUGCAUCCUGCAGGGGAGCUGGUUCUGGCAGAUCGGGUUUGUUCUGUACUCUCCCAGUGAGGUGAAGUGGGACCUGAAAGACCACAACAACGUGAUGUUCAUCACCAUGUGCUACUGCUGGCACCUCGCUUGUGCUCUCAUCACUGUCUCUGUGCUCUACUGCACAGUCUGCUGUGUGGUACGCUCCAAGCUGAGAAGGAUGCCUCCCAUGGAGAUGGGCCUCCUGAAGCCCAGGGAGAGAGACGGGGAGUCUGAAGAUGAGGUUUUGUGAGAGCCGCCCGCCCGUCCGUCCCGCACCGAAGACAACAGGCUCUCCAGUCAGACCCUGCGGAGCUGAUGCCUCAAUGUUACAGGGGAAAGCAGCCAUGCCUGCAGUCAACCAACAGCACUGAACUCGUUUUACGGUUUCAAGAGUGGAUUUGUCAGAAUGCUAAUUGGUGCUCGUCCUAACGGUUUUUAAUGACAGACCAUGAUGUGUAAUCUUGCCAGCCUGAGCCAAGUGUUCACAGAACUGCUCAGGAAGAAGAAAAUAUUCAUUGAAUUCAUAUUAAUUUGAGUGACUGCUCAGUACAGCUUUUUGAAAGGUAGUACACUUUUUUAGUUCAUCUUAAAGUUGCUGGAGGCAACACAACAUUUUAGAAUACUGAAACAAGCUGUCUGUACAUCCUGAUAGCUUUCAUUAAAAUAGACAAUCUGGGAUGCUCCUGUAGCCAGAAACUAAGAAUUGUUAAAUUGCGUUAACUAAUCAGGAAACGUCCAGAUGCAUUGCCAGGAACAUUUUAUGUGUAUGCAUAGCAUAUGAGUGGCUUACUCUUAUGGUAGUUAAGUCCAGCAGAAGUUAGCAGGAAAUGUUGGCAUCACUCUGGCAACAGUGAAGCUUGGUACUGUGCCAUAAAGAAUCCCAAACAAACUGUUUUCAAGAGACCAAAAUCAUGUCUUGCCAGGUACUGAGGGAACAGAGGGCCAGGGACAGGGAUAGAAUGUAUAUACAUGUGAAAAGAUGAACUUGAAUUAUUUUUGUUUCACACAACCAGUAAUCUUCAAAAAUCAUUUAAAAGAAACAAAUGCCACAAAUUGAAAAGGUCCAGUUUGUAGAGCAAAGUCUUCCCACUCAGUCUGGGAUUCAGCCUUUGUCUUUGGGUUGAAUCCUCUCAGCUUUAAACAUAAUAAGGUGAUCAGAGCUAACACUGCCGCUUUUAAGUUGUCAUGAAAUAAUGAUAAACCUAUGCGGCACUAUGAUUUUCAUCCAAUCGAUAUGGAACUGUCCAGAGUAGUCAUUGUUUUUUUAUGUAAAUUGUCCUGAUGCAGAUGCACUGUAAGUGUUUUAAAUCGAAUUUGAAUAUUUGAAAGUAUUUUUUUUUGACUAUUUAUUGCGUCCGUAGCUUGAAGUUGCAUCACCCUUGUUUUUGUUGCCCAAGGAGGACAAGCAGAUUAUUUUUGUUUAAUAUAAACAAUAUGUAUCAUGUUAAUUCCGAAUAUUAAUAAAACUGCAUUUUUGAUGGUC